UUAAGUAUCUCAGAUUUCGUUACAGCUCAUUUGCUGCUUACAGAAGCAUUUGGGCAGCGUUUAGUGCAUUUAAUUGAGCAGAACAUGCAGAUCAGCAGCUGUGAUUGGAGCUCGAUCUAUAAAAGCCUAGCACCGCUGUUAGAUGGGUAGAUCUAUCUAUCAACCCGAUGGCGUCAACUUGGAUCUGCUUUGGCCUCCCGCUGCUACUGUGCCUGUGCACUUGCGCCUGGGCAGCGCCUUCCGCGGAUGAUUCGCGCCAGUUUGAUGAGCUGGAGCGCACACUCAAGGAACUGGCUACCUCGCUGCUGGCCAUGAGUGGGGAUGUUGCUGGCGGUGGGACUCUUGGCACAGCGGAGGGCAGCGCCGGGGAUCUGGAGGCGAGUUUAAUGGGCAGCGAAGCUGCGACUGCUUUGGAGUAUCUGAACGAGCUUCCUCUAUGAAACACGAGGUGAAUGGAUUCAGUUCUCG